AUGCGGUUCGCUCUGGAAAUCUUGAUGGGGUUAAAGGUGACAUGGGCUGCCAAAUGGGACUCGCCUCGCAAGGCCGAAGACGGCUGUCAUUGGAACGUUGUUGUCAACAUGAAAUCGAAGCGCGACAGUGAAGCCAACAGUGACGAGACGCUGAGGUCCAGCGUCGGGAGUGUGAUAGAGGUCAAGGUCGUCGAUGUAGCAGAAAGCCAGCAGCAGGCUGCAGACGAGUUUCCGGAGGGAGGCUUGCAGGCAUGGUUGACGGUCGUUGGCUCCUAUAUCAACGCCUUUGGUGUCUACCAGGACUUUUAUGUCAGGGAAUACCUCCAAAACUCCACUCCAAGCAGCAUUGGAUGGAUAGGCGGCACUCAAAUAUUCCUGAAUUUCUCGAUGGGUCUCUUCACGGGCCGUGCUUUCGAUAGAGGAUACUUCGUAAUUUUGCACGCAAUAGCCUUGUUCAUGCUCUCCCUGUCCCAUCCGGGGUCGUAUUAUCAGGUCUUUCUCACCAAUGGGGUCGCACUCGGGGCAGCCUGCGGAAUCACCUAUAUCCCGAGUCUGGGCAUCGUCUCUCACUACUUCCAUCGAAGAAGAGCAAUCGCCAUUGGUAUCGUAUCCUCAGGCUCUGCUUUGGGCGCCAUCUUGCACCCCAUCAUGCUCAACAGACUGUUCCAUAGCCACCUUGGUUUUCACAAUGGUGUCCGAGUCAGCGCCUGCAUCAACGUGACUCUGCUCGUCGUGGCCUCACUUAUCAUGAGGACGAGAUUGCCACCCAAAGCCGUCCAGAAAUUUCCGAUUAUCGAGUGGCUCAAAGAACCGCCAUACCUGCUCCUUCUCAUUGCCGGCCUUUUCUCCUUCUUGGGUCUCUUCUUCCCCGUCUUUUAUCUCCAGUUGAACGCCAUCACCCACGGGGUAGACAAGAAGUUUGCCUUUUAUGCUCUCUCGAUCUUGAACGCGGCCAGUGUCUGUGGCCGGAUGAUUCCCAACGCUCUUGCGCCCAAGUUGGGGCUUUUCAAUCUUCUGGUGUUCUUUACGACAGGGACCGGCGUAUCUGUGCUAUGCAUGGCCGCAAUGCGGGAUGCCACUAGUACAGCGCUUUUUGCCAUCUUUUUUGGGUUCUGUUCUGGCGCCUGCAUCGCUCUGGUUCCCGCGACGAUUGGUCUCCUUUCGAAAGAUAUGAAUGAAUUCGGUACCCGGUUAGGUUUGUUCUUUGGCAUUGGGGGAGUUCUUGGGCUUUUCGCUACGCCAAUUUCUGGUGCCCUUCUCACAAGCGAAUUCCGGUGGAUAAAUGCCAUUUUAUUCUCAGGGAUUACCCUGAUUAUAUCCGGCCUCUUCUACACGAUUUCCCGGUGCUAUAUCGCAAGACGGAAAAACACUCAGAUUCUCUGA